AUGAAAACAAUUUUUAUCAUCUUUUUUGUGUACUUCCCUCAUUUCGCUCAUUCAUCACCAACUAAGCCACAGUUCCGUGUUAUCGGUGGAGUGGAAGUUUUAUCAGCUAACGCAUUUCCAUAUCAGUCUGUGAUUUUUGCGAGAUUUGAUUAUGGUUCAUCACUUUCCUCUGGGUCGAUUCUAUCAGAGAAGUUCAUCAUAACUUGUGCUCAUUGCAUUAUAAAUUCAAAGAAUGUCAGCAUUUUCUAUGGAAGUGAUAAUUUAUCAGACUUAGAUUACACAAGAAAUCAAAUUGUUUUGAGUGAAAAUUAUGUCAUUCAUCCAGGAUAUUCCCCAUUUGUCAAUGACAUCGCUUUGAUAUCUUUGAACAAGGGAAUUCAUUUUGACGAAACUGUUCAACCUUUACGGUUACCAAAUCAAUAUGAAGUCGAUAUAGAUUACACUACUAAAGCACUUCAAUUAGCAUCUUGGGGUGUGUACUCGAAUGCAAAUACGUUUUCUAUUUCACUUCGAAGUGCUUCGAUGGAAGUGAUCUCAAAUUCGGAAUGUUCUGAAAUAAUUCCUGCAAAUUUAGUGACGUCAAAAGUUUUAUGUUCGAAAACUUCACAUUGUUCUGGUGAUUCUGGAUCGACGUUAGUUGAGAGAACAGAUGAUAAUGAUUACCUUGCUGUUGGUAUCGCAUCUUUUGGAUUGGGAAUGUGCGAAGAGGGUAAAGUUAAUCCAUCGGUGUACAUGAGAAUAGCAAGCUAUUUAGAUUUUAUCGCAGAAAUCAUUAACCCAAUUAGCAGUUGA